UCACUGCACUUCAGCCUGAUGCUCAGACAGUCAGCAGCGAGACAACAUGGACGUCACAGCUCUCUGCAUCAGACUGUUGAUGAAUGUGUUAUUCCUGCUGAAUGCGCUCCAUCAGGAAGUUGAUUCAGUGUCUCUUCAUGUCGUCCCGAACAAACUGCAGUUCUUUGAGUACGAGUCUCUAACUUUCCAUUGUGAGGCGUUCAGUGGCUCCACUGGACUGAAAGUUGUGUUUAAGUUAAAAGAGGAACUUCGCUCAUGCAAAACUGCAAGUCAGGUGACAUCAACAGGUUUCUCCUGCAGCAUUCAAAUUCUUUACACAGAGGACAGUGGAGAGUACUGGUGUGAGGCUGGAGGGGGGAGGAGAAGCAACAGCAUCAACAUCACUGUCACUAAUGGUUCUGUGAUCCUGGACAGUCCUGUCCUUCCUGUGAUGGACGGAGACGCUGUGACUCUGCUGUGCAGAAACAAGAUGGCUUCCUCCAACCGCACAGCUGAUUUCUAUAAAGACGGCCUCCUCCUCAGGAGCAGCUCUACAGGAGGGAUGAUCAUCCCCAGCGUUUCCACGUCUGAUGAAGGACUCUACAAGUGCAGAUUCUCUGAUGGUGGAGAAUCACCACAGAGCUGGCUGACCGUCAGAGCACCGACCAGACCUGUCUCUUCCAGUCCCACCCCAUGGAUGGCUGUCGCUGUUUUACUGGCGGUCCUGCUGUUGGUGGUGGGGCUGCUUCACCUUGGCAAGCGUCCUUGGCACAGAGCACAGCUCCACCCGUCCACUCGAACACCUGCUGCAGGCUCAGAUGAGAAGCGAACAGUGUCUGUAGAGUCCCGGGCAGCAGACGGUGCGACGUACGCUGUCGUGAGAAAAAACAAGAAGAAGAAAGCUGAGGACGAACUGAUGUCUGCGCCCGUUUACUACACCUUUGACCAGGUUGAAACUCGACAACUGGGUUGCCGAGUGAUCGCCGACAGGAAGAGGAGCUUUAAGAGACGAGUUCGCUGCUUCACACAGCGACACAGCGGCACCGCGAUAUGA